CUCUGGUCAUCUCCUGUACUAUGUCCGCAGUCUCUGAUCAUCUCCUGUACUAUGUCCGCAGUCUCUGGUCAUCUCCUGUACUAUGUCCGCAGUCUCUGGUCAUCUCCUGUACUAUGUCCGCAGUCUCUGGUCCAUCUCCUGUACUGUGUCCGCAGUCUCUGGUCAUCUCCUGUACUGUGUCCGCAGUCUCUGGUCAUCUCCUGUACUGUGUCCGCAGUCUCUGGUCAUCUCCUGUACUGUGUCCGCAGUCUCUGGUCAUCUCCUGUACUGUGUCCGCAGUCUCUGGUCAUCUCCUGUACUGUGUCCGCAGUCUCUGGUCAUCUCCUGUAGUAUGUCUGCAGUCCAUUGGUUCAUAAUAUUUUUUUUGUCGUUUUCCUCUUUUAA